AUGGUGACGUCACGCUACCCCGCGCCCAUACAGAGGCCGCACGCGCCCGCGCCGCCCAUGUACCGCGCGCCGCCCGCGCAGCCGCCGAGACCGCACCACGCGCAACACGUACAACACAUGAGACCCAACCUGUACUACCAUCACCACCAACGUAACGGCGGAGGAGGUUCGGAGCGUGUGACUGAGAGCGGGGAGGUGUCAGCGACUAUGGAGGAGGUCGGGGAGACGGUGACCGCCGUGGAGACGCCGUCCCCCGCCGAGGUGAAGGCCGAGUGA